AGGUGGGAAUUGCAGGUCCAUAAAAUCCACACCAAGUCCUAGCAAUAAUCCAGUGAACAGCACACACUAGCCCCACAGCCGCCCACGAAGUCCACUCAUUUCCCUUCAGUCAUCAUCAGUGAGUUAGUCCAGAUCAACAUCCGUCAAUAAUCUUGGCGGAUUGCAAAAGGGCAGAGCCAACGCCCUGUUUUUUCCCAAAACGUCCCCAGUAUCGGCGGUUUAUCCAAAGAAAAUAAAUGCCCACUAGUCGCUGCAAACGCCACGGGAGAAAACAAAAUGUACCAUUAAUCAGAAAAAAAUAGUAACGCAAAUCAAGGGCAAGAAAAUAUUCGGCUCCCAGGUUUUUUUUCUUCCCUUUUCCAACGUCCCUUAGUUUUCUUUUCGUCACCGCGGAUUGCAGUCCGUUCACAACAGUCUUCAGUGCGAUCUCCACCGUGAAUUAUAUAACUAGCUGCGAUCUCGUCCAUUGUUUGAGCUCCGCAGCAGCUUUUCAUUUCACCAGAAGACUCCUCCUCAUUAUUGAAAUCAGAAUUCAGACAUCUUCAAACAUUGAAUUUGUCGGCCGCGAUAAGAACAUCUCAUAUCGCGGUAGUUCUCCGAAUCCAUUGAACAACGAAUCAUGCUGCUUAAACUGGUGUCGAUUUGCGUCGCGUUCGCGACAUUGGCGGCAAUAGCUUCAGCAGGUGAAGGGAAAUGGAAGAAAGAAGACAAUCUGGUCAUCCUUACCGAAGACGACUUCGACAAGGCCGUGAAGAACUUCAAGCAAAUGCUCGUCAUGUUCCACGCUCCGUGGUGCGGAAUCUGCAGAGGAUUCAUGAAGGACUACAAGAAGGCAGCUGAGAUCCUGAAAGAGGAGGGAAGUAAGAUCGUUUUAGCAACAGUGAAUGGAGACAUCGAAAAGGGCCUGACGAAGAGGUUCAACUUACCCGGGUUCCCGAUUGUAAAAUUCUACCGUAACGGAAAUCCCAUCAACUACACUGGUGGUCGAGGUGCAAAGAAUGUCGUCAAAUGGCUCAAGAAACAAACAUCGAACCCGGAAAUCAGAGUCAUGUUAUUCACCAAGGUCCUUUUGAGUUUGUGCGCGAUAACCGUGAUCAGUCUUCCCGUGACUCACGGUCAUGCCGACGAAUACAACUAUGAGAAGGGAGUCGUUCAAUUGGACGAGAGCAAUUACUAUAAAGCGAUCAAGCGGGAUUUCAAAAAGCUUAUGGUUUUUUUUUACAGCCCGAGAUGCAGUAUUUGCAGGGGAUUUAUGAAGGAGUUUCAGGCGGCAGCGGCUAAAAUAAAGCCAGCCAAAGAAGGAGAUCAAAUUGAGUUUGCAUCUCUCAACGCUGAUCGAGCGAAAACCCUGCUCCGCGCGCUUCGGUUUCCAGGGAUUCCGGUUCUUCGGUUCUACAGAGACGGAUUCGCCCAUCCAUACUCAGGAGGCAGGACAGCGGACGAUAUCAUCGACUGGCUGCACAAAAGCGCGGACAAACCUUCGAAGGAGUUGCGUCGAAUCUAAUCGCGACGGGAAAUGAGCGCUUUCGUCGUUCCUCGUCGAAAAAAACAUUGGCCGAGCGCCAGCAGAGACCGAGUUGGCAAACAUUUGGACCUAUCCCCGCAGUCAAUAAUAAGCGCCGAAUUCUCCUCCACAAUCGACGCCUCUUUCCUUCUUUCCCGUGCUCGAAUCCCACCGAUUAAUUGCUCCAAAUUAUACCCUGAAAAAUAUAAAGAUAAUUCUAAACCAUCGUGAUUUGUUUCAUGCUCUAUGCAAUCAAUCUCUGCCAUCAAGCCACCA